AUGGCCGGAAUCCCGCCAGAUAGAGAGCAGGGGCCAGGGCGUUGAACGAGCUUCAGAUUCGGACUCAUAGCACGCGCACACAGCACAGCAGUCAUGGCGGAAAAGCAAACCUCCAAUGCUCGGAUCACCGAUGGGGAACCGCCAGACCCCGACUAUAGCUGGGGCAAGGAAGCCAGGCCCUCGACCAACCCAACGGAUCCGAUUGCCCAAGAAGGCAAUGGUUUCAGGCUCACCCAGGUGACGCAAGACCAAGUGCUUGUCGACUUUGAUCAAGGCUCUCCCCACAAUCCAAACAAUUGGUCGUUUGGCAAGAAACUAUACACUGUCCUAAGUGCCCUGUCCCUCGUCCUGAACUCCGGGAUAUCCUCAUCCCUGCCCAGCAACAUCGUGCCCGCGAUGAUGCGCGAAUUCCAUGUCACCGGAGACUCUGAGCAGGUGCUCCCGACCGCCAUGUUUCUGAUCGGAUACGUGGUCGGCCCUCUCGUCCUCAGCCCUCUCAGCGAGACUAUCGGCCGCAAACCCGUGCUGCUAUGGACAUUCACGGUGUUCGUGCUGGCGACGCUGGCCUGUGCCUUGGCCCCGGACUGGCCGGCGAUGUUGAUCUUUCGGUUCAUCUGCGGCACCAUGGGGGCGGCCCCCCAGACGGUAGUCGGCGGCGUCUACGCGGACAUGUUCUCGACGCCGCGCAUCCGCGGCCGGGUGAUGACCUUUUAUAUGUCGGCGGCCAGCUUCGGCCCGAUCCUGGGCCCGAUUAUCUCCGGGUGCAGCGCCCAGUAUGGCUGGCGAUGGACCUUCCGCAUCGACCUCAUCCUGACGGUCUGUAGCUGGGUCGGUGCCCUUUUAUUGCCAGAAACCUUUGGGCGCGUGAUCCUUCGGAAGCAGGCGAUGAAGUGGAACAAGCAGUCGGCCAGCGACAUAUAUGUUUCGCAGCGGGACGUCCACAGUGUCACCGUCAAGAGCAGUCGGAUGGAGAAUCUGACGCGGCCCAUCACCAUGCUUCUCUUCGAGCCCAUCAUCCUGUUCAGCGCCAUCUACAUAUCCCUGGCAUACAGCCUGAUCUUCUUCUGCUUCCAGGCGUACCCCAUCAUCUUUGAAGACACCUAUGGUUUCAGCGUCAAGGAAACGUCCUUGUGCUACAUCCCCAGUAGGAUCUUUAUUCUUUAUUCCCCCCCUUCCCUUCCUUCCCGUGACGAUCGACUAACGUGUGCAGUCGGGAUUGGCGCGGUGUCCUCGGGGUUCUUCUCGCUGUACUACGACAUCAUCUACGAGCGAGCCAAAGCCCAAGGCCGGCGCUGGACGCAGGUCCCCGAGUUCCAGCGCCUGCCGCUCGCCUGCGUGGGCGGGCCGUGCCUGACCAUCAGCCUGUUCUGGCUGGCCUGGGCAGCGCGCCCGCAGAUCUCCUGGGUGGUGCCGGUGCUGUCGGGGCUGUUGUUCGGGUUCGGGUACCAGAUCAUCUUCAUCUCGCUGCUGACGUACGUGACGGACGCGUACCGGAUCUACUCCGCGAGCGCGCUGUCGGCGUCGCUAAUCCUGCGCAGCAUCCUGGGGGCGCUCUUCCCACUGGCGGCCGACCCGAUGUAUGCCAGCCUUGGGGUGGGAUGGGGCACGUCGGUGCUGGGGUUCGCCAGUGUAGCGUGCCUCCCGAUUCCCCUGGUGUUUCUGUACGCGGGCGGCUGGAUCCGAAAGAAGAGUCCCUUCUGUCAACGACUCCUGCGGGCGGAGGGGGGAGGAGCCAAGGAGGGCCAGCCAGAAGGAGAGGGGGUGUGAGUGGGACAAAAGUCAUGGAUAGUCAUACAGGCUGUGGUGCGAGGAUGCACCAGCUGGGGGCUGUUCUUUCUCUCUUCAUUUCUACGUCUUUUUCUCGUCCCUGACAGCAUCUGAGCGUGAGCGCCAUCUCCCAUAGACGUCCAGUUUCCCACACCUAAUCAAGCAUCCCUGAUUGACACCAGGGGCGUCUUGCCAUUCACUGAAGAGACAACCACCUUCGCUUCUCCUCUCUCUCCCUCUCUCUUUCUCUACUUCGCCUCCUCCACUUCACUCCAAUCUCUUCCAGUCUCCCCCACUCACAAGUAUUUCAACUGCACUUCGUCCUUGUCUUCCACCAUGAAACUCCUCAUCC